CCCUCCCGCACUCUGCAUCCACCCGCACUCCCGCACGCCCGCCUCCUCUUCUCUUCGCAUCCGCCCCCUUCCUGCCCCGCAUCGAGCGCCGCCGCCGCAACCGCAUCCACCCCCGCCGCCGCCACGCAUCCGCCGCCUCCGCCACGCAUCGACCGCCGCCGGCUCCUGGGGUCGAGCCCCACCGCCGCCCUAGCCGCGACGCAUCCACCGCCGCCCUAGCCGCGCCGCAUCCACCGCCGCCGCCGCAACGCAUCCACCGGCGCUGCCCAUACAAUCUCCCGCCGCCGCCUCCAAUAGUCUAGCUCCACCGCCGCCGGCUCCUGGAGUCCACUGCCGCCGCCGCCCCCCGGAGUCCAGGACCGCCGCCACCCCCGGAGUCCAGGGCCGCCGCCGCCUGCUGCUGGAGGCCGCCCUAUCUUCCCCCUCCCCCCACUCCAACUCCAGAUCCGCCAUCCCAUCGUCCCCCUCCCCCCACUCCCACCCCGGAUCCGCCAUCCUCGCCGACACAACUCCCGGAUCCGCCAUACUCGCCGCCCCUGCUCCAUCCCCAUCCUCACCGCAACCUCCAACUCCCCUUACCCCAUCCCCACCGCAACAGCUCCGAGCAAUGGCCGGAUACCGUGAUUGGUCGCAGGGUGCUUCAUCCUCGGCGGCCCCUUCGUUCCCUAUUCCUGCGCCCAUUCCCGAUCCAGAGGAGUUGGAGUUCAUGUCCCAGGGCCCGUCGCGCGCUCGGGCGGCUCCAUCUCUCUCGGCUGGGAGGGUCAACAUGCAGGAUCUUGAUCUGAACUCCCAGGACGAGUCCUUCCCCUACCUCGAUGAAUACACUGACAUCCUGGAGUCUGGAAGAGGACGCGGCGAUGGUGUUAGGAUCGGCUCGUUUCAACCUCCCCGUCAGACCGAUGGUGGUGUUCCAAUCGCCCGGGGAAGGGCUGGCACCGCACGUGGUGGCCGCCGUGGCCGGGGAAGGCGCCGUACUGCUUCACCUUCGCCGCCUUCAGAUGCAAGUCCUCCUAUCCGGCAACAUCUUCGGGGGAGAUUGGGACGAGGCGCAGCCUCUGCUGCCUAUUCUGCAUCCAUGAACACAGAGGAUGUUGAACAAUUGGACGAGGAAUCUGGGGAGGAUCAUCAUGUUGAUCUGUUUGACUAUGUUGAUGACUGGUUUCAGAAGAGGAAAAGGAUAAGAAGAGAAUUUGUUGCAUUGGGUGCUUUCCUCGGUAUGUACUAUUAUGCCACACAUUUGAAUAGAUCAGAAUAUAGAGUACCAACAGAAUCAGGAUAUGAAUGGGUUAUCAAAACUUUAGGAAAUAGAACAUCUUGUCACAACAUGUUCAGGAUGAAUAGGAAUGUUUUUGAUAGGCUUCAUAAUGUCCUUGUACAGUCUUAUGGAUUAAAGUCUACUAGGAGAAUGACAUCAGUAGAGUCUUUAGCUUUAUUCCUGUGGAUGUGUGGUGCCCCCCAAAGCAUGAGGCAAGCCGAAGACCGUUUUGUUAGGUCUACUUGCACAAUUAGUAGGAAGUUCAACAAAGUAUUACACAGCAUUUGCAAACUAGCAGGGGAUAUCAUUAGACCAGUUGACCCAACAUUCAGUACUGUGCAUCCGAAGUUGAGGUCAGCACGGUUCUCUCCAUACUUUGACAAUUGCAUUGGGGCUAUAGAUGGGACACACGUGCCUGUUGUUGUGCCAGCAGAUAAGGCUGUCCAACAUACGGGACGACAUGGGUACACUAGUCAGAAUGUGUUAGCCAUAUGUGACUUCGACAUGAGAUUUACCUUUGUCGUCGCGGGAUGGCCUGGAUCGGUUCAUGACAUGAGAGUCUUCAAAGAUGCAUUGGACAAGUAUGGCGAUAAAUUUCCACACCCCCCUGAAGGGAAGUUUUAUCUUGUCGACUCUGGAUACGCAAACCGUAUUGGGUAUCUUGCCCCGUACAAGGGUACGAAAUAUCAUCUACCAGAAUUUCGAGCCGGACGAAUUCCCAGAGGUAAAAAGGAGCAUUUCAAUUAUGCACAUUCAUCAUUAAGAAAUGUCAUCGAGAGGUCAUUUGGGGUGUUGAAGAACAAAUGGCGUAUUCUGCGCGAUUUACCAUCUUAUCCAAUGGCAAAGCAAAGUCAAAUAAUUAUUGCUUGCAUGGCAAUUCAUAAUUUCAUUAGAGAGAGUGCUAUUGGUGAUGUUGAUUUUGAUAAUGCGGAUGAUGAAGAAAACGAUGCUACACCUUCUGAAGGACCAUCAUCUCAAGCAAAUGAAGGUGCUACCCAACAUGAAUAUGAAGAUCAAAGCAUGAACCAGUUUCGGGAUUGGAUAGCCGAUGGAUUGUUCAAUAGGUCAUAGGAUCCUUUACUUUUUUUGUUGUAAUAAUGUAAAUUUUGGGAUGCCACAAUAAUUUUUUGAUUCAAUAAAAAAAAAAUAGUUGCCAGCAUCGUGGCAUUCCAUUU